AGAAACCAAAUUUGGAGUCUUCAUCAAAAGUUAAACUUGAAAUGCAAAGUAAUUUUAACAAGACUUCUGUCAAAAUUAAUGGGAUAGAAUCUAUUGGAGAAAACAAAUCUGGUGUGCAUCAAAUACCCAAAGAAAUCCUUUUCUCUAUGGCUGCAGUGGAUCCACUCCUUCCAUUAUUUGCAACUGUUAUAGAAGCAGUGAAAAACCUAUCACAUAUUUAUGAAAAUGCAACGCACAAUAAGCAAAUAUGUGUGACUCUGGUUGAGCGUGUGUAUAUUUUCGAUAAAGUGGCUAGAUAUUUGCAGAGUCACAAAGAAGAGAAUGAAGAAUAUUUUAGGAAUCGUCUAUAUUACGAUGCAUGGGUUAAGAUUUGUCACGUAUUAGAGGAAAUUACAGAGUUUGCAAAAAAUGUUUCACAGCAAUCGCCUAUUCAAAAGUAUUUGUAUACACCCUUUAUUAGAAGGAAGUAUACUAGUAUUGUCAGCAAAUUAGAAUCUGCAUGUGGUGAUCUACAACUUACUAUGGCAAUUUAUUCGGUAGAACAAAGAGAACAAGAAUAUAGUGAUAUCAAAGAGAAUAUAUAA